UUCACAAACUUCCUGCUCUGGGCUCGGCAGCUACCCUGACCCAGGGCACCCCAGCUGGAGGGUUCGGAGGCCACACUUGAGGCCCAGGCAGGGCCCAGGCGGGGCCCAGAGUGGAAAGAUGGCUGAUGGGGGCAGCGACCUCAGCACCAGGGUGUCUGCAGAAGACCUGAGCACCGAUGAUAGACUCAUUUAUGAGAUUGUAUUCAAACACUUCAAAAGACACAAGGUGGAGAUUUCAAAUGCAAUAAAAAAGACAUUUCCUUUUCUUGAGUGCCUCCGUGACCGUGAACUAAUCACGAACAAAAUGUAUGAAGAUUGUCAAGACUCCUGUAGAAACCUGGUCCCUGUACAAAGAGUGGUGUAUAACGUCCUCAAUGAGCUGGAGAAGACAUUUGACCUGCCACUUCUGGAAGCAUUGUUCAGCGAGGUCAACAUGCAAGAAUACCCUGAUUUAAAUCAUAUUUAUAAGAGCUUUGAAAAUGCAAUCCAAGAAAAACUUAGUUACCAAGAAAGUGAUGGAGAAGAGGUGGUGAAGAGUCCUAAUAUCCAACUGAGCCUUGAACAAGGGACUGGUGAAAACUCAUAUCGAAGCCUGACCUGGUCAUGCCCACAAUCUUCAUCUUACAAUGGUACAACCCCACCUGAAAAUGGACUCUCGGAGAGCCUCUGUGAAACAGAACAGAUAAACACAAACAGAAAAGAUUCAACCAGUGACAAAAAUGAUGCCAUAGAAAGUGAACAAGCAAAUAAAGAGUGUGCCCAAGAGUCUGAGCCAGAAGAGUCCUGUGAACAAGCACCUAUCCAAGUGAAUAAUGGAGAUAUAACAGAAGAGACACCCAGCACAUCGCCCUGUGAUGGAGAAAGAGUAGAGCUACCAGACCAUGAGAUCCAAAUAAAUUCUUGUUCUGUAUAUCUGGUGGACAUAAAGAAGGAAAAGCCAUUUUUUAACUUGACAAUUGAUCAGCAAGCCCAAGCAAGGACCAACUGUAACCAGGCAUCCGACAUAAUAGUGAUCAGCAGUGACUCCUCAGAAUCCAGUGAUGUAGACGAGCCCCCAGAAGCCUCCACGUCAGCACUGGAAAAUGGGCUUGUGACUGAUAACCUAGACUCAUUAGAAUCAAGGAAGGGAAGAGAGUACCAAGAAGCCACCUGCUCACGACCUCAGAUCACACCAGAGCCCAGUGGUAUCAGAAAAUCUCCUACACCCAAGAAAAGAGUUUGGAAUGUAGUGAACAGAUUUAAUGACUCUUCAGAGUCCAGUGAGGAAGAAGAACCCCCGAGAGUCUUAACCUCAGCAAUAAGAAGUCGUUCUGAUGAGGAGGAUCCUGUGGAUAUUGGAAACAGAUCUAUUUGGAGGUUAAACAAUAGGAAAAGACACUCCCUGGAUAUGCAAUGGAACUUGAAGAAGUAUAUAACAACAAGUGGAGAGGGGGUCAGCAGUGAUAACUCUCCAGAAUUGAGUCAUGCGGAAGAACCUAAGGAAUCUUCUAGCUCAGACCUAAGAAGUGGGUCAGGAGCAGAGCCACACGGACUUGGGAAUAAGAAGUGUUCCUGUGUCAUGUGUUUUUCAAAAGGCAUGUCAAGAGGUCAAGAAGCCAGGAGUGAGAAUAACCAAGCAUCUGACAUGAUGAAUACCAUGGAUAUUGGAAACAAUUCUACUUCAGAAAAACACAAUGAGAAAAUAAGGAAAAAGAGAAGAUAUAAAUGUAAAAAAAGCAGUCUCGAAAAAGUGAGAAGGAGAUACAAACAUAGAAUCCAAAAUCUGAGUAACAGAGCUCCAUGGAAAAAAGGCAGACCAAAAGGUAAAAAGAAAGGAAGUCCAAGAAUUCCCAGAGACACAAAUAUGAAUUUUCACCUUCCAGAACUUCCUGUGACCUGUGGAGGGGCAAAGGGGAUUUUAUAUAAGGAAAAAAUGAAACAAGGAACUGCAAAGAGGUGUAUAAAGGGUGAGGAUGGACGAUGGUACACCCUCCGCGAUUUUGAAAUUGAAGGAAACCAUGGACCAUCCAAGAACUGGAAGCUGAGUGUGAGGUGUGGCGGAUACCCCCUGAAAGAGCUGAUCGAGGUAUCCCAACAACGAUGUCUACAUUAUCUCCCCUGCCAGCCUGAAAACUCAAAUAAAUGUGAGGUGUGCCGUGGACACGGAACACUGUACUGCUGUGAUACUUGUCCAAGGUCCUUUCAUGAGGAGUGCCACAUCCACCCUAUAGAUGCUAAAAGAGACCCAUGGAGUUGCAUCUUCUGCAUGAUAAAAGCUAUUAGGGAAGGGAACCCACAAAGCCAGGUAUGUCACCAGAAAUCUGAGGUCCUGAAGAGACAGAUGCAGCCUGAGGAGCAGUUGAAAUGUGAGUUUGUCCUUUUGAUGGUCUACUCCUGUUCAAAAAGCACCUUUUUUGUCUCAAAACCACAUUAUAGUUUGGAGGCAUCUCAUGGCCUGAAAAAGCCCAUGUGGCUAAACAAAAUCAAGAGAAGGCUACAAAUGAAAUGGUACACCCAAGUGGGGGGAUUUGUGCGAGACAUGAGCCGCAUCUUUCAGAACCACAGGACAUUUUACAAGAACAACCAGAAAUUCGUCAGACUGGGAAGUCAAGUAGAGUACGUAUUUGAGAAUAAUUUCAGAACCACCUUUGCAAUUCAGGAAAGAAGUGAGAACAGUUCUCAGUUGGAGCCCACUCUUUUAUAAAGUAGCCCACCCCCCCACCCCCCCAUUAUAAAGUAGCCCCCCCCAUUAUAAAGUAGCCCCCCCCCAUCUCUAACAGCUACAUGAUAAUGCGCUGUGGUCAAAAUGUGAACAUUUUGCCUGUUGCCGUGCAAACAACUUUUCAAAUGUAUUUUUGGUUGCCAUUUCUGCUCAUUUAUUUUUUUAAAUAAAAUAUAAAAUUAUCCUGUCAA